CCUAAUAAUCUAUUACCCCAAUUUUGCCACACCCUCACACAUCCCUCGUUCCCUCUCACUCUCUUUCACUCCGCCACCGCCAGUCCGGCGAUAGACGACAUCCCUCACUCCAGUCCGCCGUGAAACGGGCAAGCUUCCAAGACGAAACCCCUCACUCUAUCUCUUUCUCGUGCAAGUAAGCCAUUUCUGAGCUUCCGCCAGAUUGUCCGCUGUUUCCGUUGAUUGUCGAAGCCAUAGCAGCGAUUAGCGAGGCCGCCGGCGACACUAUUUCUGUCUCUCACGGUUGCAGCUACAAAGAAGCAUAUUUUCCUUCCAGCGGCCCAGCUCUCUCUCUCUCACGGCAAUCACUACACGGUAGGACAGUAAUAAGGAAGACUCUUCUUCUCGUCCUAACUCCUAAAGGGCUUUGUGGAUUCUCUGUCUUUCUCUGUCUCUAUGGCUUUUUUGUCUAAACAGUAGCAGCAGUCCCCGCCUCCUCCUCCACCAGUUGAGGGCUAAGGCUUUUAUCUCUCCAUCAUCUGUGGGAGAGAGGAUCCGAAGAAGAAGGGGCAGGCACAAAUCACAUCAUCGACGAUGGCAGGUCUACUCUACCACGUGUUCUCAUCCUCGGCUCUGCUCUCCUUGGGACUCUACCAUCUCAUCUGCACCACCAAGAACCACCUCAAGUCUCCCCGAGAUUACACCGCCAGACCCUACCACCCUCUCCCCAGCGGCGCCCACCGCUUCCUCCGCCAUCUCCAGCUCUACCUCCUCAUCCUUUGCCUCCUCGUCGCCUUCACCCACCAAACCCUCGUAUCCUCCGAUUCCGACCCCCUCCUCAAGGGCCGCACCCCCGUCCACCGCUUCACCUCCCUCCAGUCCGCAGCCGUCCUCUUCCUCUUCCUCCUCCUCGCCCUCACCCUCCUCCUGUCUGAGUCCACCCCUCUCCUCCCAUCCUUACCUCCAGAUCUCUUCUUCGGCCUUGCCUCUGCCAUCUUCUUCCUCCACUACUCCAUCUCCUCAGCGUCCGCCUCUGUCCAGACCUCCGAUCUCCAGGCUGAGUGCGACCGUGUCUCCGCCCGGGUCUCUGCCCUCUCCUCCCUGCUCUGCCUCAUCCUCGCCUGCCACCCGAGGCUCUUUUUCGCCGAUGCCGGCCUUGCCGCCUCCCUCUGCCUCCAGGGCCUCUGGGUCCUGCAGACGGGCCUCUCCCUCCAUGUUGACGCCUUCAUCCCGGAGGGCUGCCACAAGCUCCUCGACGUGGUCAGUGGCGUCGAGGGCUCUACCAAGUGUGAUCUCGAGGACUCCAAGCUGAGGGCCGUGGCCAUCCUAGAUCUCGUGUUCGUGGUCCACGUAUUCUUUGUGCUUCUCAUCCUCACGGUCACCUACGCCGCAGUAGCCAAGACACUAGGCUUAGGGGGAAUUAGGGGAUUCGGCUCUUACGAGGUCUUGCCUACCGUGGACUUGAAUCACAAUCACAUUCAGAUGAAGGCUAUGUCAGGAACGCAGGCCUGACCGGCGUUGGAAGAAUGUAUACAUAGCACCAUUGGAUAUACUAGUACCAAUUCCCACCAAAAAAAAAAAAAAGAAGAAAAGGGCAGGGUUAGUGUUCCAGCAACCUCCACCUCCUUUUCCUUUAUGUCUUUCUUCUCCUGACAUCACAAACACCUUUGUAAUUCUUGGAACUUCUCUUUGUUGGUUCGUAGUAAAUUUUUGCUUGCCUUAAGCUU